GAAAACUUUCCACUGCUCUCUUGUAGAAAAUGAGCCUUGCUGUGUUAAAACAGCCAUUCGAGUUUUCAAGUUGUGUUCUUUAGAGAGGCUUCCUGUUAGUUUUGGAUCAUGUCGCGUACUUCUGGCUCAGUGAAAACCUGUUUUUCUAAAACUGAACUCAGCAUCGUAAAGAAUUUCAUCAAAUGCAUAUCCACCAAUGUCCUUUUCACCAAAAGUAUCUGUCAGGCAGAUUAUUUUUCUUUGUGAGAUAGCAAAAGAUGGCAAAAGGUCUUCCUGAGAAGUCACUGUAGCCAGGGCGUUUAAUUUCUAAACCAUAGUACUUCCUGGUUGAUAGGUGAAGUGACUGGUUUAUCUGUAAUGCUGCCACAGCUAGAAGAACGUUUGGGACUUUUUACUCAAGAUGGCACUGUGUCCUGUGGAUCUGUAAAGAAACCAGCCGCGUAGGAGAGGGAGGGGAGGAACCCAGCGGUGAGGUGUGUGCGCCCAAGAACCAUGUCUGCGCGGGAGUCCUUUAACCCGGAAAGUUAUGAAUUGGACAAGAGCUUCCGGUUAACCAGAUUCACUGAACUGAAGGGCACCGGCUGCAAAGUGCCCCAAGAUGUCCUGCAGAAAUUGCUGGAAUCCUUACAGGAGAACCACUUCCAAGAAGAUGAGCAGUUUCUUGGAGCAGUUAUGCCAAGGCUUGGCAUCGGGAUGGACACCUGUGUCAUUCCUCUGAGGCACGGCGGCCUUUCCUUGGUCCAAACCACAGAUUACAUUUAUCCCAUCGUCGAUGACCCUUACAUGAUGGGCAGGAUCGCCUGUGCCAACGUCCUCAGCGACCUCUACGCCAUGGGGGUCACAGAAUGCGACAACAUGCUCAUGCUCCUUGGAGUCAGCAAUAAGAUGACCGACAGGGAAAGGGAUAAAGUGAUGCCCCUAAUUAUACAGGGUUUUAAAGAUGCAGCAGAGGAGGCCGGAACAUCUGUAACCGGCGGCCAAACAGUGCUAAAUCCCUGGAUUGUUUUAGGAGGUGUGGCUACGACUGUCUGCCAGCCCAACGAAUUUAUCAUGCCAGAUAACGCAGUGCCAGGCGACGUGCUCGUGCUGACCAAGCCCUUGGGGACGCAGGUGGCUGUGGCUGUGCACCAGUGGCUGGACAUUCCUGAGAAAUGGAAUAAAAUCAAGCUGGUGGUCACCCAGGAGGACGUGGAGCUGGCGUACCAGGAGGCGAUGAUGAACAUGGCCAGGCUCAACAGGACAGCGGCGGGACUCAUGCACACGUUCAACGCCCACGCGGCCACCGACAUCACGGGCUUCGGGAUCCUGGGCCACGCACAGAACCUGGCCAAGCAGCAGAGGAAUGAGGUGUCCUUUGUGAUUCACAACCUCCCAGUCCUGGCCAAGAUGGCGGCUGUGAGCAAGGCCUGCGGGAACAUGUUUGGCCUCAUGCACGGGACCUGCCCAGAGACAUCAGGAGGCCUUCUAAUCUGUUUACCUCGUGAGCAAGCAGCUCGGUUCUGCGCAGAGAUAAAGUCCCCCAAGUACGGUGAAGGCCACCAAGCAUGGAUUAUUGGGAUCGUGGAGAAGGGUAACCGCACGGCCAGGAUCAUAGACAAACCCCGGAUCAUCGAGGUCGCGCCACAGGUGGCCACCCAGAAUGUGAACCCCACACCUGGUGCCACCUCUUAAUCUAGGCCGAGGCAGCUGUGUGGUUUUGUUUUUAAAUAGCUCUAUUUCCUUUAUCAUCAUUUCAAUUAAAGACUAUAAACAACAAAGAAAAAAAUCUCAUUGUGUCUACACAUCUGGUGACCUUAGGUCGAUUUGUGAGUGGAUGCAAUUAAUCAAAUAAAAUCCAUUGCCUUUU